AUGAAGCGUGAUGGGCAAUGCCUUAGAAAGACCGGGCAAAUAAAUGGUCAUGAUGUGUAUCUUUGGUCUUGCAAGAAUGGUGCACACCAGUGGGAGUAUCCACUAAAAUAUAUUAUGAAAAAAUUCGAAUGGUGUCCUCUUUGCCAUCAUAGAAGCGGUGAACGCCAAUGCCGAUAUAUUUUUGAGGAUCUACUAGGCAAGAAAUUUCCAUCAUGUAGGCCGAAUUUUUUGCAUGGAAUGCAACUUGAUGGAUAUAACGAAGAGUUGCAACUAGGAUUCGAAUUUCAUGGCAAGCAACACUAUAGUCUUAAUUCAAUGUUUCAUAGAAGAGGCCAGAUAGAUUUGGAUGAACAGAGAAUACGCGAUCAGAAGAAGCAGGAUACUUGCAAGGAGCAAGGUAUAUGUCUUAUCGAAGUGCCUUAUACUGCGGAUCUUUUUCCAUACAUUAAGCAUACACUAAUCGAGAAAGGAUUCUUGAGUAAUUCUUCAAGUUAG